CUGGGAAGCAGCUACGUUUCCUUCGACGCCGGAAAUUCAUUAUCGCAGGCGCAGUCUUGCGUUUGUCGAUGCACAGACGUACCGCUGUUCCAGAAAGUCGCUAGUAGUUGCGAACACGUGAGACGAGUUUGAUCUCUGUAGCAAAGCUACUGCGGCCACAGCUCCGAAUUCCUCCGCUUAAUAUCCGUGUAUUUAAAUAUCGUCAGGUGAAAUUAGUGUUAGCUAAACAAUGUCGUGGUUGUUCGGAUACAGGAAUGCACAGCCGCCCCAGGAUUUUUCUCAGUUUGCACAGCCACCCACCGCAGGAGGUGGUGGGUCUACCGGUGGUGGUGGUGGUGAUGAGCCCCCGAAGAAUCUAAGCAAGUCACAAAUGGAAGCUUAUAGAUUUGACUCUAGCGCACUCGAAAGAGCUGCUGCUGCUGCGAAGGAACUCGAAAGAUCAAAACAUUCAAAAGAAGCGCUGGAGUUGUCGAAACUCCAGGAAGCUACUCGGCAGACUGAAAUGCAGGCAAAAGUGAAGGAAUAUGAGGCUCACAUAGAACAGAUGAAAGUUGAACAGAAACGAGUAGAUGGUGAUGAGCGGCGAAAGACAAUGCAGGAGGAAACUAAACAGCAUCAAAUGCGAGCACAGUAUCAGGAUCAGUUAGCCAGAAAGCGAUACGAUGAUCAGCUUGCUCAGCAGCAACGAAUGAAUGAUGAGAACUUGAGAAGACAAGAAGAAUCUGUCGCUAAGCAAGAAGCAAUGCGGAAAGCCACUAUAGAACAUGAAAUGGAACUGAGACAUAAAAACGAAAUGAAGAAAUUAGAAGCAGAGCUGAGAGCCAAAGCCAAAGUUGAUCGGGAGAACCAAGAUUUGAACCUUGAAAAGAUUAGACUCAAAGCUUCUGAGAAUAGAGUUACUGUUUUAGAGUCCAUAAAGACUGCUGGUGCAGUUCUUGGGUCUGGAGCAAAUGCUUUGCUUCAAGACUGGGAUAAGAUUCUUGCGGCAGCUGGAGGUCUUUCUCUGAUUGCUUUGGGAGUUUAUUCUGCAAAGGGUGCAACCGGUGUGUCUGCACGUUACAUCGAAGCUCGCUUGGGGAAGCCAUCACUCGUGCGGGAAACAUCUCGGUUCUCGGCGCUAGAAUCAAUCAAACAUCCAAUUCAAACGAUAAAAAAGUUGAGGGAGAAGCAGUCUGAUGCACUGGCGGGAGUUAUCUUGGCUCCGAAGUUGGAAGAGCGGUUACGAGACGUUGCGAUAGCAACUAAAAAUACGAAACACAAUCAGGGAAUGUAUCGAAACAUCCUGAUGCACGGACCCCCUGGUACAGGAAAGACAAUGUUUGCAAAGAAGUUGGCAAAGCACUCCGGUAUGGACUACGCCAUACUUACCGGUGGUGAUGUAGCGCCCUUAGGUCGAGACGGAGUUACUGCUAUUCACAAGGUAUUUGACUGGGCCUCAAGCUCUAGAAAGGGACUUCUUCUCUUCAUCGACGAAGCGGAUGCUUUCUUGAGAAAAAGAUCCAGCGAGCACAUAUCUGAAGACCUCAGAGCAACUUUGAACGCAUUUUUGUACAGAACUGGAGAACAGAGCAACAAGUUUAUGCUAAUUCUAGCGUCGAAUACGCCUGAACAAUUCGACUGGGCAGUCAAUGAUCGUCUCGAUGAAAUGGUCGAAUUCAACUUACCCGGUAUUCAGGAACGUGAGCGUCUCGUUCGCCUCUAUUUUGAUAAAUUUGUUCUUCAGCCAGCGACUGAAGGCAAGAGAAGACUGAAAGUCGCACAGUUUGAUUACGGCGCACUUUGCACUAAGAUGGCAAAAAUUACGGAGGGAAUGUCUGGACGAGAGCUAGCCAAACUUGGGGUUGCCUGGCAAGCAGCUGCAUAUGCCUCUCCAGAUGGAGUUUUAACUGAACAGAUGGUUAUCGACAGAUGCGAAGACGCCGUCAGGCAGCACCGGCAAAAGGUACGGUGGCAGAGUGACCAAGAAAGACAAGAGUCAAAGUCGAUUUAUUCAUCAGAGAAGGAACUUUCAACGAGUCCCUUGAGUCCCGAUGAGAAGACCACAACCAAUGCGGAGACCUUGGCCACAGCCUAAAAUAGCCCGAAAAAGAGUAUAUCAAAUUAAAUAACACACCUUGAAGCAACGACCAUAGAUGACGGGCCACCGCUGUGAUUCUCUGAUCUCAUAGCUUAUCUUGGAUCACGAAUUCGGAUCCGAAAGUGGAAAGGCGAUGAACACGUGAAGCAGUCGUGGUUUGAUUCCUGUAAUUAUUUACUACCAACUUUCAUUAAUUUUGUGAUAAUCAUCGCUCCUGACGAUUGUAGGAACCUGUAUUUAAACGCUACUCAAAUUAUGUGGCCAUAAUUGUAAACACGGCAUGAAGAAAUUAUUGACGUAUACUGAUCAUUGGUAUCGUUUGAUUAUAUCAGUGACCGCUGGCCGAAAUUGCUCUAGUUACAAUCAGCUGUUAAUAAUCCUCAGGGAAUAGUUUUCGGUCAUAUUGUAGUAACUAGUUCUAGUCAUAGCGAUUACAAUAAUUGAGUUUCAAAUUGGUAUAAAAAAAGUUGAUGAAUUUUUAGGAGAUAUAUAUGUCGUACGUAUUCAUAGGUAUACAUCGUUAGAAAACAAUACUUAGCAUUCGCGUUCGUCCUAGAUAACAAAUUAACGUGAUCUCAAGGAGCGAACAAAUUGGUUCUUACGCCGGUCGCAAAACAACAGUACACUAAUAUUUCAUGAUAGCGGGAGAAAAAUCCAACGAAGAAUUCGAACAUUAGUAAAUUUUAGUAGAAUAGCGGUGAAGAAUCAAUUGUUAUUAAAACCAUCAUUUACGCAUAAUUAAAUGGAAAUACAAAUCGGGAAUACAGCGAUGAUGGCGUUGGACGCGCCGCUUUUGCACAUAUUGUUGACCUAGUAUGGAUAUAAAUAUACUUAUGUACAGAAAUGUUGCUAACUGUAAUUAUGAAAAUAUUGUUUGCAGAAAUCGUUACAAAUGUACCUACGUGCAAUUAUUCUACUACCGCUGUGAGCUGGUAUUUUUCCAACGCACUGCCAAUAAUAAAUCCAAAACCUGUUUUAACUGAAA